CCAGAUCUCUAUUCAUUCAAAUUGAAAAAAUCAGGAUAUCGCACACAACUAUGCAUUGAUGUGAAUGGAAUGGUUCUACUUGUUUCACCAACUGAAGACUGUAGAGAUCACCCAGACUCAAGAAUGAUUAAGAACAUGGGGUUGCUGAAGAAUAUAUCACCUAUUGAUUGCAUUGUGCUUGAUGGUGGCUAUCCACAAAGUAUUUUGGAAGAGAUGACUGAGGAAGAAGAGCAGGAUACUUUUGGACUGCAUAACUUUUGUUUACCAGUAAGAAAGCAGAGAGGAACAGGCUUAUCAGAAACAGAAGCUGAAUACAAUUCCCAUCUUGGAUCAUUCCGUUCAAUGUUAUGCUGCUUACUCUAUAAUAUGAAGAAGAUACUAGCAAACAGUGAUGUACAUAUUGAUCAUCAUCACUCACUCUGGGUUAUGAGCAACUUUGAUUACCCUGAUACACAUGAUAAGUCAACACAAGUAGAACCAAUACAUACUUUGCCCCAAAAAGCAGAGUUAGAAGCAUCUAUUGUUGAAAUUCAAAAUCGAUUCCUUCAAUCUAAAAUUGAUGAUACAUAUGAUUGCUUGGUGCAUAUUGAUUAA